CCGAAGGUCACAAUGUUAUUCUUCGCAAGCCUGGGCCUCAUGUCAGCCACGGAAUUCCUCCUCGCCGUGGCUAUUUUCUGCCUGAUCUUCAUCACCAUCAAACCCUCACGGAAGCGGAUACCCCAGGGACUAAAGGAACCCCUGGGGCCGGCGGGCUACCCGUUGAUCGGCAGCAUCCUGGCGGUGGGCAGGAACCCCCAUCUGAGCCUGACGCGGAUGAGCGAGAAAUACGGGGACGUGAUGAGGGUCUACAUGGGUACGAGACCCGUGCUGGUUCUGAGCGGGCUCGAAACCAUCAAGCAGGCCUUGGUGAGGCAAGGCGGGGACUUUGUGGGGCGGCCGGACCUGUUCAGCAUGCGGCACGUCGCGGACGGCCAGAGCAUGACUUUCAGCACCGAUUCCGGAGAGGUGUGGCUGGCCCGCCGGAAGCUGGUCCAGACCGCCUUGAGGAACUUUGCUUCUUCCCCUAGCCCGGAUUCCUUGUCCUCCAGCCUGCUGGAAGAGCACGUCUCCAAAGAGGCGGGACACCUGGUCGCGGAACUGGGGCGGGUGAUGCGGGAGCGGCAGGGAUUCGACCCCUUUCGGUACCUCGUGGUCUCCGUGGCCAAUGUGGUGUCCGCCAUGUGCUUCGGCAAACGCUUCCGCCACGACGACCAGGAGCUGCUCGGCAUCGUGAACGAAAACGAGGAGUUUGUGGAAGUGGCCACCGCCGCGAACCCUGUUGAUUUCCUGCCCCUGCUCGAGCAUUUCCAGAGGAACUACAUAAAGAAGUACAAGGAAUUCAAUCGACGGUUCUCCCUUUUCCUGGAGAAUAUUGUUAAACAGCACUACGACAGUUUCAGUAAGGACAACAUCCGUGACAUCACGGACUCCCUCAUCGAUCUCAGCCAAGAAAAGGACAAAAAUAUGAAGAUUCAGCUCCCCACUGGAAAAAUAGUGAACCUUGUUAAUGACAUUUUUGGUGCUGGUUUCGACACAGUGACCACGGCCUUAUCCUGGUGUCUCGCGUACCUUGUAGUUUAUCCUGAAGUGCAGAAGAAAAUUCAGGGAGAAAUAGAUGAAAUCAUCGGCAGCGAGAGGAAACCAAAGCUGUCUGAUCGCCCCCUGCUGCCUUAUAUGGAAGCCUUUAUCCAAGAAGUCUUCCGACAUUCCUCUUUUCUACCUUUCACAAUACCCCACUGCACAACCAGAGACACCGCCUUGAACGGUUACUACAUCCCAAAGGAUAUGUGUGUGUUUGUCAACCAGUGGCAGGUGAACCGGGAUAAGGACCUAUGGAAGGAUCCUUCCGCCUUCAAACCGGAGCGUUUCCUGACCGCCGAAGGCAAGGAAGUCAACAAGGACGAGUGUGAGAAGGUGCUGGUCUUUGGUUUGGGCAAGAGGAGAUGCGUCGGAGAGACGAUUGCCCGAUGGCAGGUUUUCCUGUUCCUGACCUCUUUGCUGCAGGAGCUCGACUUCACCAUCCGGGACGGGGUCAGCAUGGACAUGACUCCUCGCUACGGCCUGACCAUGAAGCUCAAGAGAUGCGAACACUUCCAAGUGACCAAGCACUCCCCAAAGAGGCCAGCUGAGUGA